UCAUCCAUUGGAGACAUGGUUUGUUUUCUCUGUAUCAGCGUUAUUUUAGUCCAGUUGCUUGCAUUGCUCACUGUAGUGGGAUCAACUGAUGACCUUUCACCUGAUGGGUCAAGGGUAACACCUCAUGACCUUGAAUGGGAUGAAAGAGGCUACAUUCUGUUUUGUCUGUGUAUGGGUCGGUUUGGGAACCAAGCAGAACAUUUUUUAGGUGGUCUGGCAUUCGCUAAAGCUGUGGACCGGACCUUAAUUCUUCCUCCAUGGCGGACAUAUAAAAAUGUGCCCUUUAAUGAAUGGUUUGAUGUGACUUCUGUCGGAGAGUAUCACAGAGUGAUUACAGCCGAGGACUUUAUGGAGAAGCUGGCCCCUAAGUACUGGCCCCAAGGGAACAGAACGGGGUACUGCUUUGGUUACCAAGGGUCAAGUGACCCCCCUCCCCCGUGCCAAGGUCGGACAACCGCUGAAGUCAGAUUUGAAUGUGGGACCCCGCCACUGAUAAUUGCUGUCAAUCUCUACUAUUUACGUCGCUUCAUUCCUAAUUCACAAUCCGUUGAUUUUACUGAGAUUGUGGAGCUAUUUGGAGGAAGGUACAUGAUGUUCCUCUUCACCCUUGUUCGACCUGAUUCCUCGGAAAAUGGACCCGGUCAUUACAUGUCCUAUGUCUUCAGGCCGGAUGGGGGUGGAGAAGUUGACAGUGAUGGGAUACCAGUAGGAAAUUGGAACUGGUAUCCUAAUAAUGAAAAUGGAGACCUAAGGCCCUUGACACCUGGACAACCAGACCCUGAGGGAACCAUUCCAAGCUAUGUUUACUUCAUCCUGGUUCCUCCGUCCUCCUCUGGAGGGGCCACUUCUUCUGGUCGGGGAGAACAGUGUCCAAAAAAGGAGGGAGAAGACAAUGAGGAGUAGCUAUAUACUGUAUUUGACCUAAUAAGGGUGCAGGGCGCGGAUAAUCCACACUGGGGGCGCCCUUAUUAAGAUUCAAAUUGCUGAUAAAAAUUGAACACAUGAAGUAGCAAAACAUUUCACAUGAUGUAUUACUUUUUAACACCAUUUUGACACUCAUUCAAAGAUUUUUUUCUUGAAAAAAAGGUAGGGGCGCCCUUAUUAGGGCAGGCUCCCUUAGUAGGUCAUAUAUGGUAUAUAUAGACAGUUGACAGUGAUUACACCUGAAGAGCUUGUUGUCAAAGCAUGUGAAAGUGCUUGUGAUUUUCUGAUUUGUGUUAGCUCACCUGGUCCGAAGGACAAAGGUGAGCUUAUGCCAUACCGUUGCGUCCGUCGUUCGUCGUCCGUCCGUCCGUCAACAAUUGACUUCUUCUUCAAAACUGCUGAUCAGAAUUUGACCAAAUUUGGUCAGAAGCAUUCCUAUGGGGGUGCAACUAAAAAUUGUACGAAUGGUGGGGCUGACCCCCCAGGGGCUUGAGGGGCGGGGCCAAAAUGGGUCAAUAUAGCUAUAUUGAUAUUAACAACUUUUUCUCUAAAACAAAGCAAUG